AUGCCCACUCCCAGCUUCUCCAUCGCCGACUUGGUCGACGAGGUCAGAUCCCUCCGCGAGCAGAAGGCCGCGCUCGAAGGCGAAAAGUCUCUGCUCGAGUCGCACGUCGGCUUGCUGUCGCAGCAGCUAAUGCUUCCGCCGGGCGAGCGAACCGUGACCGAGGCGCCCGACACCGGUGCGUCAAAGCCGCCAAAGUCACCGGAUGCCGAGAGCGCAGAGCCGUCGGACGAGAGCAGCGUCGAGCAGCUCUCGGCUGUGCGCGCCGCCCUCGACGCUGAGGCAGACGCGGGCAUCGCGGCGACUCUCGCGCUGGGCUCAGAGAUUCGCGCCGCCGAGGCGGAUGCCGAGGCCUCGCGCCGCCGCGUCGCGAGCGCCGAGGAGGAGCUGCGGCGCAGCGUCGAAGAGCUUGAGGCGGAGCUCGAGCGGCUCGCAGCGCGUGAGCGGCGCGCCGUCGCUUCAGCGGUGAGCGCGGAACGCAGGCGCGCGGCGCAGGCGACGGCCAGUCUCGAGGAGGCGCUCGGCGCGGCGCAGGACGCGCUGGCUCGGCGCGAGGAGGCACUAGAUCUCGACGGCGGAGGCGGGUAUGGAGGCGGGUACGGCGGAGGCGGCGGCGUGGACCAGGAGCGUCAGCUACGCGCCGAGUGGAUGGCAAAGUGCGAGCACCACCGCGCGCGCAGCACCGCGCUGCAGGAGGAGGUGGCGGCACUACGGGCUGCGCACGAUGACGAGCUGCGGCGAGAGCGAUCGCGCGCCGAGGGCGCUGAAGGGAGGCUUGCGCAGGCGGAGGCGGCGGCGCGGGCGGCGGGAGCGACACGCGCGCAGGCGGAGCGGCAGGCUGCGCAGCUGUCGUUGGAUUUCAACGCGCAAGUGCACGAGCUCGCCCUGCUGCGGCAGCGCGCCGAGAGGGCGGAGCAGCAACUGUCGCG